AAUUCCUGAUAACAGAAUGUUGAGAGAGACAAUUUCCUCCUGUUCCAGCUGACGUGCAUGUGACUGAGUUUAGAGAGUCGCUUCGUCCACUAUUCCCUUUGGACCGUAGGAACACUUGACAUGGGUUUACUCUACCUAAUACGACUUUAAUAUUUUAAGAGACUGUUUCCUUUGUCCUUCCUUGUUGUGCACAGUCGAAUAUGUCGACAUGGGAAGAGAAACUAAGGAGAGUUGUUACAGUGGAGCCGGUGAUUUUUCUCUACAUGACCAGCACUUUCAUCCUAACACCUGCAUAUCAACAGAUGAUCAUCACAAAGGUGUGUCUACAAUUGCUCAAGAAUGCUACUAUCUGCAGUAACCCUGAGCACCACAAAGGAGAUGAGGAGGUUCAGGCUACAGCCUCCUACAUCCUGCUUCUGUUCAACGCCACCCUCAGCUUGGUCUCCAUCCCUCCUGCCAUAAUGCUGGGCUCCUGGUCUGACCGCGCUGGCCGUCGCUGGGUCAUGGCUCUCCCGUCUGUGUUGUCCCUGUUGAGUGGGGGGUUGCUCUUGGCUGUAGACUUGUUGGAAAACAUCAGCGUUUACUGGACCCUGAUGGCUGCUGCCCUAACAGGCUUGACUGGUGGCCAUGUCUCCAUUUUCCUCAGCUCAUUCAGCUACCUGGCCGACCUGACCAUGGGCUCCAGCUCCAGUCGCACUUUACGUAUGGCAGUGGCCGAGUCCAUGAUCUUCGUUGGAGGCUCAGUGGGCUUCUUAUUGGGUGGAUUCUUGGAGCAAGAAUUUGGACUCAAGGCAGCAUUCGGGGCCUACAUAGCCUGCCACGUCCUGGCAGUGCUUUAUAUUGUGCUUUGGCUGAGAGACCCUACGAUGGGAAAAAAUACUUGUUUAGCUCCCUGUGAAGAGAAUACAGUUGAGCAAGGUUCUCAUUCAGACAAGUCCUGGCUGUUUGUCCUGAAAUACGCCAAGCUGUCUUUCAAAGCAGUGUUCAAAAGGAGGUCAGAGCAGGAGAGACUGAAAUUGCUCUUUCUCAUUCUCUGCACCUUCAUAAAUAACCUGGUGGCUGUUGGGGAUCAGUCCAUCUUGCUGUUGUAUUUGAUGUAUGAGCCUAGAGAGUUCACAACUGCCCUGUUUGGCGUAUUUAACUCCGUGAGGAUGCUCUUGUUGGGCUUUGGUCUGCUGGUUCUGUUUCCUGUGCUGAUGAGGUGUAUGAAGGAUAUGACAUUAGCAAAACUCAGUGCUUUGUUCAGAAUCGCCUCUUACGUCAUUCUCGCCCUCUCGAACAACACAUGGAUGGUCUUCCUUGUUGCUGUAGUUGGUGCUCCAUCUGGGAUCAGCCAAGCAGUGAUUCGUUCUUUGUCUUCUGCCAUCGUGGGACAUGAUGAACAAGGUGCCAUGUUCUCCUUCUCGGCCUCAGUGGAAGCGACCUGCAUCCUUAUUGCUGCUACGAUCUUUAACGGGUUGUACCCCCUGACCCUGCCAACCUUUCCCGGGAUGCCCUUCAUCAUCAUGGCAGUCUUCACACUCAUAGUGCUCAUUCUCUUGCAGUGGAUUAGCGAGAUGCCAGCCACUCAUCCUCGACUUGUGCUUUCAGACUGAAUCUCCGCCUUCUGGGUUAUUCAAGUGGAUCCAUGAUUGGAUAUUGCACGCUUUUCUGUGGUGAACUGAUCUUCUCUAAAAGUCUUCAUGAAAAAAAAAAAAAUUUUCUUUAUCGUGAGGAACACAUCACUUACUGGCACAUAUUCCACCACAAACAAAAUUGUGUAAUUCAAAUGCAUUCACCUGUUGCACUUAAAACAGAUUCAUUUGUAAUAUAUGUAAGUACUGUAUAAUAAAAUAUAAAAUCACAGAAUGAUAUCAUGCAGAAAAGGCUUUCCCUGAGUUCUUUGGAGAGCUGAAAUGCAUUGCGGUCUGCCUGAGCAUGGGGUGAGAAAGCGUUAAUAACCUCUUAAUAAAAUUAGAACGGUUAAAGGUCAACUGCAGAAUUGGAGGAAGUAAAUGAAAAAUGCUGCCCUGAAUUGUUCUCCCCGAUAAGCCGUUUACAAUUACACCGAAAGGCCAGAGUCCUGGAAUCGUUCAAAAAUGAAAUACAUUUCAUGCCAUUAAGUUGAGAUUUAAGUUGAGUUUAAAAGUAUUUCCUCCAUUUGCUGGCCCACAGACAUCUCUUUGUGGCUCUUCUUUCUCAGAACUCAGAGGACUAUGUGGGUUCUGCUGUCAACCACACAACUUCAAUCAAAGAUAGUCUGUUGGGGAAGGAACUAAAUAUAGAAGGAAAGAUUAAAUGGGAGGCUUGUUUAUGGACUUUUGAAAAGAUACAUUUCUUUUCUCAAACUUUACUCAAGACAAUAUAGCAUUUCAUUGAAUGACACUUCUUGCUACAGCUUGUCCCAAUCAAAUCUGCCGCGUUAUGAUGUAAAACAGUGUCUUGAGGCUGCUUGAAAUUGACUGGCUGAUUGUGAUGGGAAUGAGAAUAGAAGAGCUCCCUCAACAGCCUUUGGAAGUUUGGAAACAUGCAAAUGCAUCCAAAUAGACAUUAAAGCACUAGCACAAAGUGAGCAGCGAGGAGGGCCAGCGUCUCCCAAAACUAGGCUGGAGAGAAUCUCAUUAUGAGCUGAUGCUACACACACCGCAAAUCUCAUUAUGAGCUGAUGCUACACACACCGCAAAGGCUUCCCAUCAGUUGUAAUUAUCAUUGGUACCCAGUACAAAUGCUGACAAGAUCAAUCUAAUCACGGCAGUGCAGCGUGACUGAAAUUGAAUUGUAUGGUAUUUAAAUGAUCAGAUUGAUACCAAAUGCAUCAAAAACGUUUCAGAAAACUGAAAAUGCAGAGUAAUCCUAACAAAGCCAUUUAGAGUGUGCUGGAAUUGAGACUCCGUUUUGUUCCUCCAAAAAUAAUGGAGGCAGUGUCAUGUACACAUCAUAAAGCUGGUGCAGCUCUGUGUUUGUUUCAGGAGACUGCACUGCCCUUGAGCCCCGGGUGCAGUUGAUGCUGACACCCACUGUAAUGAGAAAUAGAAGAUGCCAUUAAUUGCCUGGCAUGUAUCGUGAAGCGGUCGAAAAAGCCAUUCAAUCUCCGAGCAUCUCUCCGAGUAAUAUCUCUGCAUAAGUAUAGAAUGGAAUCAUUAUUUUUCAAGUCUUCCCUAAUUGUGGCUCUGAUCGAUACAAUUCUACACGGACGGAUGGAACUGUGGAGGACUUUCUACGGCUUUAUUGCAUCACUGCCUGCAUUAGUGCUGACCACAGGGGGGUUCUGUGCCAAUAGUGUUCGACAAAACAUAUCAUUUGAAUCCUAUUGAGUGCUAUAUUGAGGCUGUUUUAGAUGGAAAGAGAGAUAUCAUGAUGCUAUCAUCUUGCAAUUUGGAAGAUUUAUUAUUGAGUUCUUCCAAAUUUUCUGUGCAGAUUUUAGGUGGAAAAAAUAAAUAAAUUUAAAUAUGUUAGUAAAUGUUAAAUAGAAAUAAAUGGCAUGAUAAAGCCAAUAUUUAAUAAAUGCACACACAAGGGAAUGUAUAUCACUUGUGGAUUAUGAGAAUUUCGGUGCUGUUUAAAUCUACACACACACACACACAUAUUAAUAUUUAGAUUGUAAUUUAUAUUGAAAUUAUUGUACAUACUGUACUUGAGUGUGUGUUUGUGUGUGUGUUAACCAUUAGUUGGUAACCAUAGUUAAAGUCAUUUAAUUCAUCAUGAUCUUAAUCACAUAAACAAAAUAUUAUUUUUAAUUUUAGAUUUGCAUUUAAACAUACACACAUAUGUCACACGUAUGGUCUUUAUAUUAGAUACUGUAUAUACUACACAUGCAGUUAAAAAAGUAAUACAAAUUUUGUACCAAUUUUAUGAAUCUGUAAGAUUAGAUUUUUCACUAUUUAAUUCAUAUAAUUUUUAACACAUGAAAAAAAAAAGAAAAGAAAAAAGAAUUAGUUAGCACAACUAGACAACUUCAGCUGUUUACCAUACUGUUUAUUUAACCCACAGGUUAUGUAUCUUCUAUGUUUAAUUACUUAUUAUCUUCCCCUCUAAGCAGGCACUUGCACAGAUGCUUUAAUAAAUGUACUAGUCUGCUGUUAGCGUAAAUUUUAUAUGUUACUUUCUUUGUGUGAGAAUUUUUUUUUUCUACAUAAUAUAGUUAAACAAUAAAAUACCGUAAAAAACACGGUAAUGUUUUAGGUUUUACGGGUUUAUUUUAAAUGUACAGUUAAAUACAGUGAUUUCAUUAACUGAUAUAAUGUUAUUAUGCCAACCUGUUGUAGUACUGAAAUCUGUUUUGUACCUUUGUAAUACACCAAUAAUCACCAAAUGCAGAAAGACUGUGAAAAAAAAUGUGAAUAACUAAAGCCCAUCACAAGCAGCUUUCAAUAAAAUGCAUACAAGGUGCACAGUGUGAUUCACAAAAGCACUAAACACCAUCAUGGUGAGACUCAUUAAACUGAAAUAUGCUUAAAACAUAAAUUUUACAACAUUAUAUGUAACAUACAACCCUAAUAAAC